CACAAGGUCAUGUGAUGCCAAUGAUGCAAGUUUCACAAAAACUAGUUGAUAAUGGAGUCCAAGUUACAUUUGCUAUUACAGAAUCCUUACACAAACAGUUGCUUGCGAAUUUAUCGUCUUCAUUGAAAGAAGGGGUUCACAAUGAUCCUCAUCGAAUUCGUUUAGUCUCACGGCCUGAAGGAUUAGAGUAUCAAAACCAAGAAAAGGCUUCAGAUUAUUUGGAAGAACUAGUUAUGAAGAUUAAUGAGAUCAAUGGUGGUAACAACGGUGAAGAGAAGGUAAGUUGUGUUAUAGCUGAUGCUGGUGUUUAUUGGGCUUAUGAACCUGCUAAGAAAAUGGGACUGAAAAUUGCAAUGUUUUGCCCCACGUCUUUGGCGGUCACAGCAAUGACACUGCACAUUCCGAAGCUGAUCGAGGCGGGUAUUAUAGAUGAGAAUUGAACACCACUAAAACAGGAAAUGAUCAAGAUAUCUCCUGCAUUGCCUGAAAUAAACAUCGAUGACUUCCUUUGGAUUCGCAC